CUGAGGAGGCUGAGGUGGGAGGAUUGCUUAACUCUAGGAGUUUGAGGUUACAGUGAACUAUGAUCAUAUCACUUCCCUGCAGCCUGAAUGAUAGAGUGCUCUGUCUCUUAAAAAAAAAAAAAAAAGAGGCAAAACAGAUGCUUGCCAAAAAAAAUUAAGGAUACAGAUGCUAAUUUAUGACAGCUCGACUUAAAUUUUUUUGACUUUGCUAUGGGUUUAUCGGAACAACCUCAUUGUAAGUUGAGGAGCAUCUGGACUUACAGUGAUUGGACUUACGAUUUUUCAACUUUAUGAUUGGUUUAUUGAGGGUAUUAAAUGCAUUUUUGACUUGGAAUAUAAUCCCAUCAUAAAUUGAGGAGCAAUGGUAUAAGGGAAUUUGGAGCUGCAGUUCUAAUGGCUCCAUAGAAAGAUCUGGGAGGACUGGGGAGGAGUGGAGGCCUGGGUGAAGGUCACAGAGGUAUGAAACUUCAUGGGGAUGAUAGUGGGCAUUUGGGCUUUAAAUAUUUUCUUUGAAUGCCCUUUUCUUUGACGUGGCAGGCACUAGGCCCAGUGUCCUUUCUUAAGUGAAAGCUUCAGUUGAUUGAAGUUUUGUCUUGCCUCGCAAGGCAAGCACUGCAGCUUUUGUAGGUUUUUGAUUUUGCUGUUUCAAGAGAAGACAGUAAAGGUAGUAAAAAAGCCAGAAGUGGAAUGAGGCAGGGAAAAAAAAGAUGGUAGUAAACAUAAAAAUAUCUGGGAAUAUGUGUAAUAGAUUGAUCAAUUACAAAUCUAGGUUAAUUGAUAUGUAGGUUUGCAGUAGUUUAAAUCUUAGACUGAUUACCCCUUAAACAUUUCUGGUGUACCUUGAGUCUCUCUGACUUAGCCAGGAUUCACUUGAGUAUUACGCGAGUAGUAUUUAAUAGCACAUAUUAAAUAGUUGGUAAAGUACAGAACUAUCUGUAAACAAAGAUCACAUAAUAUUUUGAUUCUCAUUAUAGGUCCCCUCUGACCAUAGAGGCAACUAUAGUUGGUCACUUUUGAAAGUUGUUGUAAGUAAAUAUGAUCCAGAUGAAGCUUAGAAAGUUUAGGGUAACAGAUUUGCUUUUUCUAUAUACAUUUUUAAGACUGUACUAAUUUUGUGAGCUACUUUUGAUUUUAUAGAUUCUGGUACUGUUUAUAACUCCUUGUUGUCUUUAUUCCUAAAGAGCUACACCUGUUUAAGAUUAUUGCCAGAGUGGCUAUCUGCUGUUGUUUCCUGCUAUUCAUUAGUUUUUCAUCAUGUACUUAAUGAAAGCAUCUCUUCUUUUCAUGUCUACUUUGGAGAGUUUCACAUCAGAACCUGAUUGACUAUUUUGGUGGUGGCCAUUCUUACCAUAUAUUUCUGAAUAGGCAGACUGUUUUCUCACCAGGAUCUCAGUGUUGAUAUAUUCCCUACUCUCAUUAAUCUUCCUGAUUAAUUUAAAUUCAAAGUAUAUUUUUGAAUAUCUUCUAUAAGCAAAGCAACAGGCUAAAUACUUUGGGAGCGUUUAAAAGAUUAAUUGCAAUUUUUCCACCUUCACAUGCCUACAGUUCAUGGGGAGAUAGUAUGUAUAUAAAUAUGCCAAGAUUAUGUAAUUAGAAUUACUGUGAGACAAGGGAAGUUAAAAUGCUGUAGGAGUUAAGGAAUUAUAGUUAAGGUUGUUAUGUGAUGGUGCACGUCUUGCAUUCUGUCUUUCUGUCCACUGAUAUCCAGACAGAGUCAGUAAACAAAGUCUAAGUAGACACUUUUUCUAAAAGAAAAUUAUCUAAAACAAAGUGAUACAGAAAAAUUAAAAGUUUUUAAAAAAAGGUACGAACAUUUAAAAACAUUGUGAAAUUGCUGAGGAAUCCAAGAAUUACAAUAUUAAUCUAAGAUGUGGUUGAAUUUCAGGCCUAAGACCAGCAGAAUAGAGACGGUCUGUUUUUAUUGAUCAUAAUGGGAAACGUUAACAUACUUUUUUCUUAAAGUAUGCAGACAGUAAACAAGACCAUAGGAAAUCAAAUUAGAGAUCUAGGUAAACUUGUCAGGAACUCCCAGUUCCAUGGCUUGAUACAAUAUUUAUUUUUGUGAAUUAUCCACUUUAGUUCCCUUGUGGUUGACCCUCUCAACUAAUGGGUACCUUCUCAGUUUGACUAAUGAGCCAGCCAGUGUACAAUUCUUGGGCUUUUUGUCAUUUUCUGGUAGAAAGCCAAUCCUAAAUAUUUUGUGAAAUAAAAUUACCAAGUACUUGUAGAGUCAGAAGGAGACAAAUGAAUGAGAUGAAUUAGGAACAUUUCCCUUGAGUGCAAGAUCUUAUUCUCCUCUCCCCCGACCCCUGCUCUUUCACACAUACACACACACAACUUACAGACCUCUCCCUAUCCAGCCUAACCCUGAAGAAAAUACAAGUAAACUUAAGAGUAAUGCAGUACAGACUUUUGCUUCCAAGGUAGGAUAGAUGUACUUUCUCCUAUUAUUCCUGCUGAGUACAGCUAAGAGAGAAAAGUGGAGAGAAGAAGGUGGAUCAGCUCAGGAUGCAAAUAAUAUAAUGGUAAAAAAUCCUCAGUUUUCAUAUAGUGCCUCACAUAGAAUGGGUGUGGAGAAGCUGGCAAUUCUGAAAUGUUGGGCACAGACAAAAGCCCCAAGAAAAAUUUAUACUCUAGCUGAAACCAGGAAACAGGUAGCCUAGCAGGACAUAAAAAUUUUAGAAAAUAACCAUUCCACUCCAGCCAGAGGACAUAGAAAAAAAUCACCCCAAUUGGCAAAGGCCAAGUGGGGACUUAGACUUUCACACUGUUCAGGCUGUAACAAGACGACCCUUCCUUCCGUAGUGUCACCGGAGAUCAUGUGGGAAGCAGUGACCAGCGGAAGGGAACCAGAACUCUCCUACCUUGGCUGAAGACAAGAUCUCGCUAUGCUGCCUGUGCUAGAAUGCAACAGCUAUUUACAGGCCCAGUCAUGGUGUACUGCAGUCUCAGCCUCUCCAGUACUGAAAAUUUUAAACUUCAUUUCACCUUUCAGAAGGAAUGCACUUGAAUACUUGGAAGAGUUUUAUUCCUUUAGUUCUCCCUCAGGCCUACACUAUGAAGAAACUAAGGAAUCAAAUGGAUUGAAAAAGUUGCUCAGGAUCAGAUAACUACUUCUUGGUGAAUUUUUGGAUGAAGCCAUUAAAUUAAUUGCUUGCCAUCAUGAGCAGAAGCAAGCGUGACAACAAUUUUUAUAGUGUAGAGAUUGGAGAUUCUACAUUCACAGUCCUGAAACGAUAUCAGAAUUUAAAACCGAUAGGCUCAGGAGCCCAAGGAAUAGUAUGUGCUGCUUAUGAUGCCAUUCUUGAGAGAAAUGUUGCAAUCAAGAAACUAAGCCGGCCAUUUCAGAAUCAAACCCAUGCUAAGCGGGCCUACAGAGAGCUAGUACUUAUGAAAUGUGUUAAUCACAAAAAUAUAAUUGGCCUUUUGAAUGUUUUCACACCACAGAAAUCCCUAGAAGAAUUUCAAGAUGUUUACAUAGUCAUGGAGCUCAUGGAUGCAAAUCUUUGCCAAGUGAUUCAGAUGGAGCUGGAUCAUGAGAGAAUGUCCUACCUUCUCUAUCAGAUGCUAUGUGGAAUCAAGCACCUUCACUCUGCUGGGAUUAUUCAUCGGGACUUAAAGCCCAGUAAUAUAGUAGUAAAAUCAGACUGCACUUUGAAGAUUCUUGACUUUGGUCUGGCCAGGACUGCAGGAACAAGCUUUAUGAUGACGCCUUACGUAGUGACUCGCUACUACAGAGCGCCCGAGGUCAUCCUAGGCAUGGGCUACAAGGAAAACGUGGAUUUAUGGUCUGUGGGGUGCAUUAUGGGAGAAAUGGUUUGCCACAAAAUCCUCUUUCCAGGAAGGGACUAUAUUGAUCAGUGGAAUAAAGUUAUUGAACAGCUCGGAACACCAUGUCCUGAAUUCAUGAAGAAACUGCAACCAACAGUAAGGACUUAUGUUGAAAACAGACCUAAAUAUGCUGGAUAUAGCUUUGAGAAACUCUUCCCCGAUGUACUUUUCCCAGCUGACUCGGAACACAACAAACUUAAAGCCAGCCAGGCAAGGGAUUUGUUAUCCAAAAUGCUGGUAAUAGAUGCAUCUAAAAGGAUCUCUGUAGAUGAAGCUCUCCAGCACCCAUAUAUCAAUGUCUGGUAUGACCCUUCUGAAGCAGAAGCUCCACCACCAAAGAUACCUGACAAGCAAUUAGAUGAAAGGGAGCACACAAUAGAAGAAUGGAAAGAAUUGAUAUAUAAGGAAGUUAUGGACUUGGAAGAGAGAACCAAGAAUGGAGUUAUACGGGGGCAGCCUUCUCCUUUAGCACAGGUGCAGCAGUGAUCAAUGGCUCUCAGCAUCCAUCGUCAUCGUCGUCUGUCAAUGAUGUGUCUUCAAUGUCAACAGAUCCGACUUUGGCCUCAGAUACAGACAGCAGUCUAGAAGCAUCAGCUGGACCUCUGGGCUGCUGUAGAUGACUACUUGGGCCUUCGGGUAGGGUGGGGGAGGGACGGGGAGUCGGUUAGUCAUUGAUAGAACUACUUUGAAAAUAAUUCAGUGGUCUUAUUUUUGAGUGAUUUUUCAAAAAAAUGUAGGAUUCAUUUUGUAGUAAAGUAGCUUAUUUUUUUUAAUUUCAAGUGAUGUAAUUUAAAACCUAAGUUGUGUUUUAAAACAGCAACAAAACUGUAUUGUAUUUUUUGCUGUAAUUAACUGUAUAAUGUAAACCUAAUUAUUUUAAUAUGGUUUAAAUUUUUUGCAUAUUUGCUUUAUCUUAUGCUGCUGAUUUUUUUUUUUACUGAAUUUGUAAGAUUUUAUCAAAGCAACUAUUAUGUGGUGACUUGCCUAUAUCUUGAAUUAUUUAAGAUUUUUAUAGUUUUUUUUAUUAGAAUUUAUUUCAGAUGUUUUGUUCAUGAUACUAUCCUUCAGGGUUAUGUGCUUAUCAAUGAAAUAACCCCAGAGGAAUGAGGGAAAAUAACCCGUAGCCAGUUAUAUUCAGGAAUAACUACUGUAAAUGAUGAACGUGUUAAGAGACCUCCAAUAUUUGCUACUUGCCAAUCCUAAUUUAGUUACAACAAUUGGUAGGCAUCCUACUUAAUUUUGGCAAAAGCCCCAUCAUCUAAGUGGCAGAAUAACUCAGAGCAUGUCUUUGAGGAUGCUGGGCUUCCACCACCACCUUCUUACCUCCCCACCCUACCCAACAAAAGUCAAGUACAAAGAAUAUGGUGUAUUCUGCAAAUUUGUGGCAUGCUCAAAGUUUAUGAUCGCAUAAAGUCAAGAGGAUACUUCAUGAAUAAUACAUUUCAAUGCAAAUAAACAGAUGGUUCACUUCUACUAGCUAUGAGCCUGUUUUUGUAUAUACUGAGUUAAUCUACUCAGGCUGUAGGCCCCAGCAGUGUUCUUAGAGUCUGGUCUUUCCAUUUCCUGCAGCGGCAGGCCCUUUCCACUUGCCUGUUACUUGGCAUGCCAGUCGAGCACCAGUUCUCCUGGUGUUUGUGGCCAUUUGAUUCUACCUAUAGCAUAAUUGUAUCUAUUCUUAUUGUCGGGAGGUUCCAAAGCCUACUUAGAUUUGUGUAGGUGAUGUAUCAAAUGAGCAAUAUAUACCGUUCAUCUGAAAAUAGUAGCACACAGCCAUAUAUAGGAUAUCAUUUUCUAAGGACUGUUUCUUCACAUUGAGCAGAGCAGGCAUAAAUGGUGGUUAUUUGGUCUGAGUCUUUCAUUUUUUAUACCUGAUUUUCAAUAUAACACACAAUGUGGAUGUCGAGUAGUGUUAAGAAUGGUGCUGCUCCUGACAAGUGUAUGUUAACUGUUUACAUUUUGUAUCUGCAGAAUUAUUUCUCUAUAACUGAAUUUUUCCUAAGUAAAAUGUUAUUGGAGUCUCA